UAAAAUUGCAUUUUUGUUUUACAAAAGGUAAAAUAGCUCACUUCUCUGGAUUUUCUGUGGCAUGUCUGGAUCCAAGGGUCAAACUACAUGGAGGAAGGGAAGCAGCUAACUAAAGACAGAAUGUGGUAUUCCAGCCAGCAGAAUCAGAAGAAACUGCCCUUAACAAUUGAUCAGCCGAGUUCUUUGGAGGGUCAUUGUAAGGUCCUUUGAGGAGACAUCCUGAAAUAGCCCCAUAAAAGCAGUGGGAAAAUACAAUUGCAGAAAAGCAUGCAGGGGUAUCAAAGGCAUGGGAGCGACAGACAUAAUCUUUCAGAGAGAUUCUGGUUUCCAUGUAUUGGAAACAAGCCCAAUAUUGUAAUUUCAGCUGUUACCUUCCUCAUUCUCCUUGGGUUCUUUUUGUACUUAUGGGCAGUCAUGCUAGGUGCAACUAAAGAUGUAAAUAAGGAAAAUCUUACCCGGGCCCGGGAAUUUCCAUUGAAUUGCUUAUCUGGCAGCCACACAAGAACAUGCCCAAAAGAGUACUACCCACCAGACUAUGAAAUUCCUAAUGAAGCGCCUCCAUCAAUAGCUCAUAAUUGCCCACAUUACUUCCGCUGGAUUUAUGAAGAUUUAAAGCCGUGGAAGGAAACCGGGAUAACUAGGGAAAUGGUUGAGAGAGCCAACAAGACAGCCAAUUUCAGGCUAGUAAUAUUGAAUGGGAGGGCAUAUGUAGAGACAUAUAAAAAGGCUUUCCAAACUAGAGACAUUUUUACUCUAUGGGGCAUUCUACAGUUGUUAAGAAGGUACCCCGGUAAGGUGGCUGAUCUUGACCUCAUGUUUGAUUGUGUAGAUUGGCCCGUAGUCAAAUCAAGUGAUUAUCUUGAGCCCGAUUCUCCUGCUCCACCACCAUUGUUCCGAUAUUGUGGGGAUGAUGAGACCUUGGAUAUUGUUUUCCCUGAUUGGUCCUUCUGGGGAUGGCCUGAAGUCAACUUAAGGCCAUGGGAGGUCUUGCAAAAGGACCUAACUGAGGGGAAUACAAAGGUAAGAUGGUUAGAUAGGGAGCCUUAUGCUUACUGGAAAGGAAAUCCUAAAGUCACUGAGAAAAGGAUGAACCUUCUCAAGUGCAAUGCCUCUGAUAAUCAGGACUGGAGUGCUCGUGUUUACACACAGAUUGAAGAAUGUGGUCACAGGAAUGGGACAAAGCAUCUGAACAUGGAUACAAUGAUUCGGGCUUGGCGGGGCAAUGUAAACAUAGGUAUAAAAUUUAUAUUGAAGGAUCUGCAUGGUCUGUGAGCGAAAAGUAUAUUCUGGCAUGCAAUUCAGUCGCAUUAUUUGUAAGGCCACAUUACUAUGAUUUCUUCUCAAGAAGUUUGAAACCAGUACACCAUUACUGGCCUAUUAGGGAAAGUGAUACAUGCAAAUCGAUUAAGUUUGCAGUUGAUUGGGGCAAUAGCCACAAGAAAAAGGCGCAGGAAAUCGGCAGCGCUGCAAGUGCUUUCAUAGAAGAAGAACUAAAGAUGGGGUUUGUGUAUGAUUACAUGUUUCAUCUCCUGAACCAAUAUGCAAAGCUGCUAAGGUACAAGCCCAGUAUACCUCAAAACGGCAGAGAACUUUGCUCUGAGCUAAUGGCUUGCCCUGCACAAGGAUUAGAGAAGGAACUGAUGCUGGAAUCUAUGAUCCAUGGACCGGCUGUCACAAACCCGUGUUUCCUUCCCAUUCCAUUCUAUGAGUCAGAGCUGGAUACGUUGCACAGACAAAAAGCUUCUACCAUACAGCAAGUAGAGCAAUGGGAGAGUAAAUUCUGGGAGAGUCAGAACCUGAAGGCAUAGAGUGUAUGUGAGUUGUGAAAUGUUUAAGAAUCCUCUCUUUGUGUAACGUUUAUUUUUUUAUUUAUUGGAAUUAUAUAUUCAAUUUUGUCUAUCUAGCGGGAUAACCCAAUUUCUCUUUCACGAGGAAUGAAUAUUCUUUUAAACAAAAUAUUUUUUUAAAAGGAUUGAAGGAAAUACAUAAGCUAAUGAAGAAGUUAGAUACAAACAACAAUAUCCAAGUUUUAUUUCCAAUAGAUUUUGGAGUCAACUAAUAUAUAUCAAUCCAUGAUAUAAAAGCCAAAAAGAGAAUAAAGAUAAUAAGAAUAAAAAGAUAAAGUAAUAUAAAAUGGAUUUCAAUAUACAUUUCAAUAAUACGAAGUAUAUCUUCACAUACGAAAAUAAAAUAAUAGGAAGUAUAUAUACACAUAUGUGUACUAACUUCGAGUUUUG